AUUUUGUAAUUCAUCUCAUUCAUUACUCUCUUACUCAUUCAGUCAUAGUAGUUAGAUGUGUGUGUGUUUGUGUGUGUAAAUCUUCAAAAUUUCCUUUUUAACUUCAGCUAUCAUAACUGUAAGUGAACUCAAAAUGUCUAUGUGUACCAACUUCCUAAUAGACUUAUAACAUAUUUAUGUUAUGUUAUUAGGAAGUAUUUGAUUAUACAUUGAUUCCCUUACCUGGAUUUCUUGCAGGUUGAUGUAUCAAACUGUAAACAACAAUUACCUGUGAAGCAAUCCAACUUUUCCUUCCUAUCCACAAUUUAUUUUAAUUAGCUUAGUUCUCAUAGUUAAAUACUUUUUAUACAUUAUAGUUUGUAAAUUAUCGUCUUAUUUUGUGAGUUUCAAGUGAUUAAGAUAUUUAACAUUUUAUAAUUAGUGUUGUGUAUCAAGAUUUUCAGGUAUUUAAAUAUUUCCUCAUUGAUAAACUUAAUGGUACAUUAAAGUUUACAAUACUGAUGGAAAUGAAGUGUCAUACACAAAUACAUUUUUUAUUAUAUUUAAAGAUGAAUUUAUCUGUUGAAAUCUCUGCAGAAUCUUCCAGAAGGUGACUCCAUUUCUUCAAGAGGAUACAAAACAUAUUAGUUUUUCCCAGGCAAGAAAUUCAUCAUGAACAAUUGAAAUACAAUUUAACAAUAAAAAGAAUUUUGAAGAACAUGUUAAGGCUUGAAAAUUUAGAAUCAAUGGCUAAAUCACAUUUAGUAUAAUAUAUUCUAUUGAAUUAGAAGACUGUUGGUAAAAGGAAAAUAUUCAAGUUAAAAUAAUAAAAAAAAAACCACCUAAAGAAUUGAGAUUAAGUAUUGAUAAAUAGAUCCUUAAAGAAUAUAACAAUUGUAAAAAAUCUUUGGUAUAGAGCCCAGGAAUAUAUUAACAUAAUAUAAAUGACAUGUAAAAUAAUUACAAGACUACCAUGAAUAAGUUUAAAGUUGUCUUUAUUAUAAGGGUUAGGAAAAAGUUAAAAAUAUGUCCCCGAUCAACAUUCUUUGUUAUGCUUCAUGAUACAACCAGGAAAGAAUUUUCAUAUAAUUUGAAAGAAAUCUACAUUAUAAGGGUUAGGAAAAAGUUAGAAAAUUAUAUCCCUGAGCUACAUUUUUGUUAUGCUUCAUGAUACAACCAGGAGAAAUGUUCAUAUAAUUUGAAAAGAAUCUACAUUAUAAGGCUUAGGAACAAGUUAAUAUGUACCUGAGCAACACUCUUUAUCAUGCUUCAUGAUACAACCAGGAAAGCAUAUUUAUUAAUUUGAAAGGAAUCAACAUAAUAAGGGUUAGGAAAAGUUAAAAAUAUGUCCCCAAUCACCAUUCUUUGUUAUGCUUCAUGAUACAACCAGGAAAGAAUUUUCAUAUAAUUUGAAAGGAUCUGCAUUAUAAGAGUUGGGAAAAAGUCAAAAAUAUGUCCCUGAGCAAUAUACAACCAGGAAAGAAUGUUCAUAUAAUUUUGGAGGAAUCUACAUUAUAAGGGUUAGGAAAAAGUUAAAAAUGUCCCUGGUCAAUAUGUUUUGUAAUGCUUCAAGAUGUUCAUUUCAUUUAUUAUAAUUAUGAUGUUUGAUUAUUUAAUGGCAAUAUUUCGCAAGUGUUUUCCAGUCACCUAAUGUAACCUAUCAACGUGAACAACUCAGCAACUGUUCUCUCGCUCUACUUCUACCCUACCAGGAACCUACAGUCCCUGAUGACCCCGACCAAAUACCAGAAUGACGAUGCCUGUCAAAAAACCUCCAGAACUGAAGAAAACAUACUCAAAAGAAAUAGAAAAUGAAACAUCAACUAAACAAAAAUUGACAGUUUCAAAGAAACAAAAUGAACUGGCACAUAUACAUUUUGAAAGGGACGAGGUUGAGAUUCCAGAACCAACAAUAGAGGACCAUUGUUGCCUCAUGUGUGUUAUGUUAGAUGUAGCCAACAAGACAUGCACACGAUGUAACAGAUCGCCUACUCUUUUUGAUGAUGGACGUCGAAAUAAUAUUUUCUUAAUAUUUUAUAACUUAUCAAUUAGUUUUUUUCAUUUACAUACUCAUAAGUAUAGUGAAAUAGAAAUUAAUCGUCUUGUAAAUAUUUGUAAGACAUAUGCAAAACAAUUCAAAGUGUAUGUCCAAAUAACUAAAAGGUCUGAAAUAUGUUUCCGUAAAAAUGAAAAAGAAUUUAAUCUGGACCCUAAUGAGAUAUUUGUACUCCCUUCAUCAUCUGAAUAUAAUUUUUCCGAUAUCCAAGAUUGGUUUAUAGAAGCAUUCUUAAUGCUAUCAGAUCAUAAAGUUAUAUUUGAUCAAGUAAAAUAUUGUAAACCAUCAGUAAAAUUUAACACUUUUAUAGAUUUGGUUUAUUUAAGAGAAAACAUUGAUAAAGACAAAAAGAGUAUAGACCAAGGAAAAAAGAGUCGUACUCAAAGAAAAAAGAGUCAUCAAGGUAAGAAGACUUUUGAAAGAAAACAAAAUGACGAACAAAGUGAAACGAGUACUCUAUUUAGAGGGCUCUCUAAAAGAGAACAAGUUGAUGGAUUUAUAAAAUUAUUUGAAAUUUUGGAUAUGAAAGAAAGAGCAUCUUUUUUUAUUAAAAGAGGAUCAUGUGAAGUUACAGAAAAUAAGGUACUAAACAGAGAAGAUAUUAAUGAUCAAGCGUCUGGAAGUUCACCACCGCAAGCAGGAGCAUGUGGACAAACUGUCAAGAAGGUUCUAAUGACAGAAGACGAAUUUGGGAACAAACAUUAUACUCGUAUUGCCAGACAUCAUGUCCAAGAUCAAGCGUCUUCAAGUUCACCACCACAAGCUUCAGGGGAAAAGUGGAUCAGUUGCUUGGGACCUUACAGUGAAGGUCAAUUUAUUAUUAAUUUAGCUGUAUAUACUCUUACUCUCUUACUCCUGUGGCCACUCGAAACCCAGAUGGUUUUUGACCUCGCCAAUGUCUCUCCAACGUCCUCUAUCUUGAGCCACUUCCAGUGUAGCGCCAAUCGUUCUUAAA